UGCAAUUCUAGUCACGUGGCUACAGAAAUUCCCCAUCACAUGAGCACAGGAUGACGUCAGCAGUGAAACACAAACACAAGCGAGCGCUCUGUACGCCAUGAGCGACGCGGACAGCGAGCGACCGGACAGUUUGGACGGAUGGGUAGCGGUCAAAAUCGACGCGUUUGACGACAGCGAGCUUCACAAACUGAGGUUUAUCGUAGAAUGGAACGAAAUCGUAUCAAAGUUCGCGGUGACGUGUCAUAACCGGACGCUACAGCGCCGAGGAGACGCGAGCGGGAGCUGCGCGGGUUUGUUUUCCGUCGAGCACCUCGGGCACGUGCACGCGCAUCUGAGCGCUGUCCGGGACGAGCUCGAGCCGCUCUUUCCAGACCUGACGCGCUUCCGCGAGCGCAACGCAUGGGAGUUUCUGUUCUUCAGCGCCCCGCGGAGCGAUGCCGACGCGCCGUGUAGGCUGCUGGAGCGAUACUUUAGCACCGCCGUGGACGUGUGCGGCCGCGGGAUCGUGCUUGACGCGCUCUUCAACGUCAACGAAAAAGAUGAAGAUGAAUACUAUGAAAAUCUGCACGAGUUUAAACGCAACGCGAUGCGGGACGCGAUAACCCGCGCCGUAGACGCUUUGCGUGCGAUUGUAGAAAGUCACUCCAGCACUGACGGCCUCGUGCGGCUGAUGAACAUCUAUGAGGAGGAAGAUGAGGCGUAUGAAGAAUUGGUCAGCGUUUCGACCCACUACCACCAGAACCUUCUGCAACCUUUCAGAGACAUGAGAGAGCUCGCCACACUUUACAAGACCCAGAUUCAGAAGUGCCUGGAGUAUGAAGAGUUAGGACCAAAGCGUGUGUGUGAACUGGAGGCUGAGAUGAAUGAAUGGAGCCGGCGAGGACAAACGGCCGUUCAUUCAAUACAAGACAUCACUGCUGACUACUUCAAAAACACAUCGAAUGCUCUGAAAGGUAUGGUGAAACAGAUGGAAGAGGAUCAGAAAAGAUUUGGUCAUGCAUCUUGGGCGAUGGCUGUGCCCCGACAAGAGAGACUCAGAUUGUUGUUGGCUAAAGAGACGCUGCAGCACAUGAGGGCCAAAGAGAUGUGCAUCAAACGCAAAGGACACAACAUACGUGACAAAAUGAGCAGUGUGACAGAGAGCGCUGAUGCUGUCGGUGAGCUGGAGCUGCAGUUUUAUGAAACACAGCUGGAACUUCACGACUGCAGGUUUGAGAUUCUGAGAAACGAGGAGCUCCUGCUGCUGACACAGAUUCAGAGCGCACAACGACACAUGAGAGAGCUGCAGGAGCAGGUGGUGUACUAUGACACGUGUCAGGAUCCCGAGGAGCUGCAGGAUGUUCAGGUGGAUGUAAGCCCCGCCCACACACACCUGCACCAGAGACUCAAACAACUGGAAAGUAAAAGAGGAACGAUUUCAUCACGCAGGGCUUACCUGAGAAACCAGCGGGACGCGUGUGUUCAGGCUCACAAGCAGCAGCUGCACUCGGUACUGCAGAAAUCCCAGCAGCACCGCCAACACCACACCGCACAGCUGAAACGAGAGAAGAGAAGAGUCGAGGAUCAGCAGAUGAAGGAGUGGGUGGAGAAGGAGAGAGAGAAGACUCUUAAUAGACUCCGCAGCUUCAGAACGAGACAUCAGGGCCAGUAUAUGCUAAAGACGGCUCGUUGGAGGCCGGAGUCGCGUGACUCAAACAAUGAUGACUCAUCGCAACCUCUGUCGAUCGUAAGUUUGGGACCGCAAAACUCCAUCCCAUGCAGGAAGGGACGGCGUCUGAAGUCAGGUGACAUCCCGGUGGAGAUACUGCUUCCUGGUAAACCUGCAGUAGAAAAACCAGACUGGACAUCUCCACCCCAGGCUCCUCCUCCACCUCCUCCCCUUCCUCCACCUCCUCCUGCCCCUCCCCUUCCUGCAGCACCCCUCCCCUUGCGUUCAACUUUGCCAAUCGCCGAUUGCAAGCCGCCAAAAAGAAACACUAUGCAGCAAAACGCUGGCCUGAUGGAUGAGCUUUUAGCGUCGCUGCAACGCGGUCAGAAGCAACUGCGUAAGGUCACGACCCAACCGGAGCGCGUUGACGUCAGAGACAGCCUCAUGUCAGCCAUCCGCCAGGGCGUGGCACUGAAGAAAGCCCCGCCCUCUGCCGCCCCCGCCCCCGCAGCUGACUCUGAGCUGGAGCGGAGCAUCAAAGCUGCAAUGCUGAGGAUGAAGAAGGUCACUAAUGAGUCUGAUGAUGAAGAAAGUGCCGAUCCACCGUCCGGGGAGUGGGACAGUUAAAAUGAUACAACUACUUUAAUCAUCUGUGAGGUGUCCAGAUGCACCAACAGAUUAUCAAGCCAAAGAGUUCAGCACUUACCUGGUAAAAUGUUGUGUGAAUGCAGUAAAUUGCCAAGAAAAGCUCAUUUAAAUUUGACCCGACGGCCAAGGUUGAGAUGUUUUCCAGUCUAGUUUCUUUGUAUGAAAACUAAGGUGUAGCAUUCGUAAGAAACUUCCCGUAUGCAUAUCAAUCAUUUUUUGCUUGAUCUAAUACUUCAUAAUCCAACAAACUUCAUGUUGAAUAUCACAUGUUGGCUUCCUGCUAUAUUGUUGCAUUUAAUGGACGUUUAAUUUGCUUUGUUUUUUUUGCACUGAAAAUUACACAAUUAGAAGGUUGUUUACAGUCCAUUUUACUGUAAUUGAGCUGUACAACUCUCAGUUGUGUUAAUGUCUGUCUCACUGAUGUCUGAUGAGUUUCAUUUGAAAUUAUUACAUGAAUUCAAUCGAUGCUGCAGGAUUAGAAAGUUUGCCUUUUCUGCAAAGUCAGUUUGUUUGCCGUGAAAUGUACACGGUAAAAAAACGGUUUGGUGGAUUUAAUAGAAAUGUACCCCAUCAAUUUUGCAAGCAACUUUAUUACAUUAUAACAAUAUUUUUUGAAAAUAAGCUGAUUUUCCAGCUCCCUUAGAGUUAAACGUUUGAGUUUUACUGUUUUGGAAUCCAUUCAGCCGAUCUCCGGGUUUGGAAAUGAACCGGUGACAUUAAGCAGCGCCCGAAAACAGCCCCCUUGGUUACUUUCAAUAGCAGGGUACUAUUUUCGGGCACUGCAUAAUAAAUAAGUUUAUUUUCAUAAAAAGUGGAGUGUCCCUUUAAAGAAUCUGGUGGAUGUGAUCCAAUAGAACAACAUUAAAUCCUACUGGAAUAAGACAGAAAA